CCAAUGUUAUAAUAAAUACAACUUUACAUUGUCCCAAGAUAAAAAGCAAAAACUUUAGGGAAGGAUAAACCCCAAUUGGACGAGAGUUUUACACUGAGCUUCGGAGAGAUCGAAUUUAUUCGUACGAUCUUGGCAUCAAUUAUCAAGAAAAAUCAAAAAGAUUGAAUCUUUUUGUUGGGUUUGUUGAUUAAGAUGUCUGGGAUAGCUUUACUCAUUGAUUUGUUAAGUAAAAAUCCAAGCUUUAAUUCUCAAGCUUUUCAAUCUUGCCGAUCUUUCUCUGCAACUCUCGCUGCUUCUGCCGCCGCCGCCUCUGUUGCAUCCCCUUUGCUGUCUAGAUCAUCUUUUGGCGUUGGUAGAAAAGUUGCUUACUGCGAUGCUGGUGCAACGUUACCUGAAGAUGCUUAUGCUUUAUCUGGCAUACGAUCUCCACCUAAAACUAUCUUUGAGAGUGAACAAUAUAAUUACAGCAGUAAAGAGUACUACAUACAGCUUAAACCUUUGUUAUCAGCUUUUCAUUGGAAGUCUUUUUCUCUGAUUACACUGAGGUCAUUCCUGUUACAUUUUUUACCCCUUGUGGAGCCUCGUGCAACCAUAGAAGAGGAUGAAGAUGAUGAGGACUUCUUACAAGACCCUCCUGCGAGACGAGAUGUAGAUUUGGUUGUUCCCUUUAAGAAAUCGGUAAAGCAAAUUAUCCGCGAGACAACGGUUUUAACCACUCGAAGGAUUUUGGAACGACUUGCUCUUUGUUAUGUUUCACAGCGGACAGCAUCGAAACUUAUUAAAGAUGUUUCCUUAUCAGCCACACGCAAGGCUGGAAGAGACCUACCUAUUACAGUUUAUUUCUUCAGAGUUACCAGAACUACCUUCAGAGGACAUUUUCUUGGAGUUGCUGCAACAUGGCUUGUCCAAGUGGCUAUCGAUACGUAUCGCUUCUUAUCUUCUAUUUUUAGGACUGAAGAGUCGGAAACUAUAGACAAGGCCGAGCAAUUCAAGCGCCUCCAGAAGAGGGUUUAUACUAUUACUAUAAGGUGUGGUGCAUCACUUAUUUUUGCCUCUAUUGGAGCAGGAAUAGGUGCAACGAUCAUUCGCCCCUCCAUGGGUCAAACCAUAGGGUGUGUACUUGGAGACUUGGCAGGGCCGCCUAUAGUGGCCUAUUGUUUUGAUAUGGUUAAUCGUCCGGGCCUUACAAGUCCAUAGGCUAAAAAGAUGCUGAUUAUUUAAUAAAACUUUCCUGUAGCCUCGAAGCCAGCUAAAUACUGGUGUUCAAGCACUUUUCUUUCUUUUUUUUUUUUUUGGGUGUCAGGACAGGCACUUUUCUUUCAAAUUAACUAUUCUAUGCAAAAUUGUAAACUAGACUUUUCUCAAAAUAUAUGUUCUUUGUGACUGCUAUUGAGUUGUCUUUGCAAUCAUAACACCGUUCUUUUUAAGACA